GGUGGGGGGUGAGGGUCUCGCGCUCUAGACUCUGCCUCUCUUAGAGCCGCGCGCCUGGCGGUUGGGGCGGCGGGUCUGGCGCGCGGGGUACGUGUCCCGCUGCAGCGGCUGGUGGGGGCGGCGGGGGCUGCCCCCUCCCCGGCUCGGCGCUGUGAGUGGGCGGAAGAUGGCGCUGGGCGGAUGGAAAUCCUAAUGACGGUCUCCAAAAUCGCCUCUAUCUGUACCAUGGGCGCCAAUGCCUCAACUUUAGAGAAAGAGAUUGGUCCGGAACAGUUUCCAGUCAAUGAGCACUAUUUUGGUUUAGUUAACUUUGGGAACACGUGCUACUGCAAUUCAGUUCUUCAGGCACUUUAUUUUUGUCGACCAUUUCGAGAAAAAGUCCUAGCAUACAAGAGUCAACCCAGAAAAAAAGAGAACCUCCUUACAUGCUUAGCUGAUCUCUUCCACAGCAUAGCUACACAGAAGAAAAAAGUUGGAGUAAUACCUCCAAAGAAGUUUAUAACAAGAUUACGAAAAGAAAAUGAGCUCUUUGACAACUACAUGCAGCAGGAUGCGCAUGAGUUCUUAAACUAUCUUUUAAACACAAUUGCUGAUAUUUUACAAGAAGAGAGAAAACAGGACAAACAAAAUGGCCGUCUACCUAAUGGCAGUAUCGACAAUGAAAACAAUAACAGCACACCAGACCCAACCUGGGUUCAUGAGAUCUUUCAGGGAACAUUAACUAAUGAAACCAGAUGUCUUACUUGUGAAACUAUAAGCAGCAAAGAUGAAGAUUUUUUAGACCUUUCUGUUGAUGUAGAGCAAAAUACAUCAAUUACUCACUGCUUAAGGGGUUUCAGCAAUACAGAAACUCUGUGCAGUGAAUACAAAUAUUACUGUGAAGAAUGUCGCAGUAAACAGGAAGCACAUAAAAGGAUGAAAGUAAAAAAACUGCCUAUGAUUCUAGCUCUCCAUCUGAAGAGAUUUAAAUACAUGGAUCAGCUACAUCGAUAUACAAAACUCUCUUAUAGAGUAGUGUUUCCUUUAGAGCUUAGACUUUUUAACACUUCGGGAGAUGCCACCAAUCCUGACCGAAUGUACGACCUUGUUGCUGUAGUAGUUCAUUGUGGGAGUGGCCCUAAUCGAGGACAUUAUAUUGCAAUAGUGAAGAGUCAUGAUUUUUGGUUGCUCUUUGAUGAUGAUAUUGUAGAGAAAAUAGAUGCACAAGCUAUUGAAGAAUUCUAUGGGUUGACAUCAGACAUUUCAAAGAACUCUGAGUCUGGUUACAUUCUCUUCUAUCAGUCUCGGGAUUGAAUGGGAACUGUGGUGAAGAGAGAUUUUAUGCCUCGUUUCUUCUCUGGCUAUGUUGGAAUGGAGCAAGCACUGAUUUAAAAAAAGGAAUGCAGGGAGCUCCAGGGACAGUAGCGCAGUUUGCACACAACAAAGCAAAGUUUUGAUUUUUUUUUUUUUUAAACCCUUCAUAUCAAGUUCAUUUUAUUUGCUCAGGUAUCAUGCUGACUACACAAUUCUACUACAACUGCUAGGAGAAAAGAGAGAUACCAGCCACUCUUGCAGGAGCAACCUUCCAACAGUUGACACAUUUUCUCUUUUUAAAGUCCUGAGUCAGAGCCCCUUAAAAUCAAUGGAGAGACUCCCAUUGAUUUCAUUGGGGUUUGGUUCAGGGCUAAUUGCAACAAUCUGGCAGUGCAAUAGAAGCAAUAUAAAUCUGGUGUUUUAUACUGAUUUCUUAUUUGAAAAGACAGAGAAUUCUUUGUGCAGUAAUUUGUCUGUAUUCAAUUCUGAAAGAAUAUGGUGGGCAGGGGUUUUUUUUUGUUUGUUUGUUUGUUUGUUUGUUUUCCUGGGUUCUUUCAUAUAUAAACAAGAAAUAUACUUGGGACAACACAGUUGCCUUCUUGACGGUAACAGAUUAACUGAAAAGAUAAACUAGUGUCAGGGAGGCCAAGUAUGUUUUGCUUCUCUGAAGAAGCUUACAUUAUAGUAAUAUAUACCUAUACUGUCGGGAACAAUCAG